GCCCUGAACAACAGAUUUGAAUCAACGACCACACCCAAUCCACACAUCUGCCUUUCACCUUCAUGGCCAGCUCUCCAUGUCUCAAACAUGCUCGCUCCAACCGCCCAGACCCCUUCUUGAAUCCGCCCAACUUGCUAGAGCUAUUCAACCCCUCUGAGCCAUGUCUGCUCUAGAGCCUCCGGUCACAGUCUCGCUGACUGAGCGCUUCACCAGUGAUGAACCAUCCUUAUCAGCACCUUCACAUCACACCCGACGGCCUGGAUCCUCUAUCCGAUCAGCUGCCAAAAGCAAGGGAUUCCGUGCUUAUAUAGGUCUCGAAACUGUGGCUCGCAGAACAUUAGGAAUAGUUCUCCUUUUUAUCACGGUUCUCUUAUUCACGGCUUCUAGUUUUCUUGGAAGCUACAUCUUCGCCGACAACACUUUUAGCAAGCCAUUCUUUGUCACAUUCCUCAACACAGCAUGUUUCGCCUUCUCGCUCAUUCCGAUAUUUUUGAGAAUCGCUCACAAGCAUGGCUGGCGCAAGAUUAGAUCGUCUGCUCUCAGCUACUGGAAAAGCAGGUCCGAUGGGUAUCAAAGACUAAAAUCGAAGGCUCGGGAAGAAAACAAUGGCUAUGAGGACACUCCGAGCGAGGAAUCCUCAUAUACGCGACUCCUUGUCGAUGAUGAUAUCGAGACAAUACAACUGUCAAGAGUAUCAACAAAUGCCUCGAAGGAUCCAAACACCGUUCUGAGCGUCCGAGAAACGACUUGGCUAUCGCUGGAAUUUUGCUUGCUCUGGUUCGCCGCGAACUACCUCGUUACUGCUUGCCUGGAGUACACAAGUGUGGCCAGCUUCACGGUUCUUACCUCCACAAGCAGUAUUUGGACUCUCCUCUUAGGCGCCAUAUUUGGCAUCGAACGGUUCAGUGUUAAAAAAUUCAUUGGAGUUCUGGCUUCGCUGAUUGGUAUCAUUCUCAUAUCCUCAGUGGACUUGGCAGGAGAUAAUGACGACAAUCGGGGGAAGUUUCCUCACAAAUCGCCACAACAGGCUGCAAUUGGCGAUGCUAUGGCAUUUGUUAGUGCAGUGCUGUACGGGAUGUAUGCGAUCGUAAUAAAGAGCAGGAUCGACAAUGAAGACCGUGUCAACAUGCCUCUUUUCUUCGGUAUGACUGGGCUCCUUAAUCUCAUAUUCCUCUGGCCAGGCUUCUUGAUUUUACAUUACACGGGCGUGGAAAAGUUUGAGCUUCCGCAAACGGGGAAGAUCUGGACCAUCGUCCUCGUAUGAUUUAUCCAGCUUUCUGCCCCUAUGCAGCGCUGACGCUCAUAUAGCUCAACUCAGCUGCGUCGUUAAUCAGCGACUAUGCGGGGGCAUAUGCCAUUCUCUUGACAACACCGUUGGUUGUUUCAGUCGGGCUGUCAUUGACCAUACCAUUAUCUCUGAUUGGACAGAUGGCCCUGAGCCAACAGUAUUCCAGCGCUUUGUAUUGGGUUGGGGCGUGCAUUGUCUUGCUGUCUUUUCUUUUCAUCCAUCACGAAAGUCACGAUGCCGAUGAAGCUUCAGCUGUAGCUAUGUAUGAGGCGCACGAACAUGAAGGGACGAUAUAGAGUAUAUAAUGUAGCGGCAUAUACGAAUACAACACUUGUAUGAACGAAAGGAGGAACAUUCC